AUGAGAGACACCGGUAACCAGGCCAAGUAUGAGCAGCUCUUAGACGAUGCUGGCCUCGAAAUUCGCAAUGACGACAAGGAACACAAUGAAGAAAAUGCGACACUAGACGAGGAUAAAAGUCAAAAUUGUGAAAUGUGGUUGACAACCGCUGAAUCGGCUAGUCUCGGAGCGGAGGAGGUAGCAGCUAGAUUACAUGUCGAUGUACGAACAGGACUCAAGUGGCAAGAGGCUGACCAUAGAAGGCAACUAACAGGUUUCAACGAGUUCACUGUAAAGGAAGAAGAUCCACCAUGGAAAAAAUACAUCGAACAGUUCAAGAAUCCAUUGAUUCUUCUUCUACUCGCCUCUGCAUUUGUCAGUGUAUGUAUGAGGCAAUUCGACGACGCUGUCAGUAUUACUGUGGCUAUCAUAAUAGUGGUGACAGUUGCAUUUGUACAAGAAUACCGAUCAGAGAAGUCAUUAGAAGAAUUGAAUAAAUUGGUGCCACCAAUAUGUCACUGCUUAAGAGAAAGCCGUGUAGAGACAUUUCUUGCACGUAAUUUAGUUCCUGGUGAUAUAGUAUAUUUAAAUAUUGGAGAUAGAGUACCUGCUGAUAUCAGAAUAUUUGAAGCUAUAGAUCUGGCGAUUGACGAGAGUAGCUUUACUGGAGAGACCGAACCAGCGCAAAAGUCGACAGCCCCUUUGUUUAAGACUAAUGGGUUGACGUCAAAGAGAAAUAUCGCCUUUAUGGGCACUUUAGUACGCUGUGGGAAUGGCAAGGGAAUUGUAGUGAAUACGGGAGAAAAGAGUGAAUUUGGGGAGGUUUUCUCGAUGAUGCAGGCUGAGGAGGCACCAAAGACUCCACUACAGCGAAGCAUGGACAUUUUAGGUACUCAGCUGUCCUUCUAUUCGUUCUGCAUUAUCGGUAUUAUCAUGCUGCUGGGCUGGAUCCAAGGUAAGGCUAUCCUUGAGAUGUUUACCAUUGGUGUAAGCUUGGCAGUAGCAGCUAUACCGGAAGGCCUGCCUAUCGUUGUGACUGUGACACUGGCAUUGGGAGUGAUGAGAAUGGUUAAGAGAAAAGCUAUUGUAAAGAAAUUACCAACUGUUGAGACUCUCGGCUGUGUAAAUGUAAUAUGUUCUGAUAAAACUGGCACAAUUACAAAGAACGAGAUGACCGCUACGAUUAUCGUUACAUCGGAGGGUUACGUCGCGGAUGUUACUGGAGCGGGAUAUAACAGAGUAGGAGAAGUACACAUACGGAAGUGUGAUAAUCCUGAUCUCGCACACGCUGCUAUCAGUAACAUGCUAGAAAUAGGUUGCGUUUGUAACAACGCUAUCAUACAAAAUGACGUUCUGUUGGGACAACCAACGGAAGGAGCGUUGAUAGCAGUGGCAAUGAAAUUCGGAAUGUAUGGUGUUGCUGAACGAUAUUUGCGAUUGCAAGAAUAUCCAUUUUCUUCUGAGCAAAAGAUGAUGGCUGUGAAAUGUACACCCAGGUUUGGUGAGAAUAGGCAAGAAAUAUACUUUGUGAAAGGUGCUUUGGAAAAAAUUUUACCACAAUGUACAAAAUAUUACGAGAACGGUCAAGUGUAUCCCCUUAGUCAAAAGAAAGAUCAAGAAUUCUUGACAGAAGCAUAUGAUAUUGGUCAACAAGGAUUGAGAGUGAUUGGUCUGGCACGUGGUUCUUCGUUACAAGAUUUAAUUUAUGUUGGCCUGGUUGGUAUUUGUGACCCACCAAGACCGUACGUGCGCGAAUCUAUCAGCAUUUUAAUAAACAGUGGCGUUAAAGUGAAGAUGGUGACUGGUGAUGCUAAAGAAACUGCAGCUGCAAUAGCUAGCAUGAUUGGCUUGGACACACUUCAUAGUCGAUUGCUAUCGGGAGAUGAGAUCGAUAUGAUGUCCGAACAUCAAUUGGAACAGUGCAUUAAUAGUGUUAGUGUAUUUUACCGAGUAACACCAAAACACAAGCUUUGUAUCGUAAAAGCCUUACAGAGGAAUGGUAACAUAGUGGGUAUGACCGGUGAUGGUGUAAAUGAUGGAGUUGCAUUGAAAAAGGCCGAUAUAGGCAUCGCCAUGGGUAAAAAUGGCACUGAUGUAUGCAAGGAAGCAGCCGACAUGAUUUUAGUCGAUGACGAUUUUGGAACUAUUAUCGCGGCGAUCGAAGAGGGGAAGGGAAUCUUUCACAACAUUCGCAAUUUUGUCAGGUUUCAAUUGAGUACUAGCAUAGCUGCGCUUUCUCUAAUUGCUCUUGCAACAUUGAUGAGUAUACCGAAUCCUUUGAAUGCUAUGCAAAUAUUAUGGAUCAAUAUUAUUAUGGAUGGUCCACCUGCUCAAAGUCUUGGAGUAGAACCGGUUGAUAAGGAUGUUUUGAAACAAAAACCACGAAAUACAAAGGAGCCAAUGAUCACGCGUCAUCUCAUAAUUAAUGUUCUAUUAUCCGCUAGCAUCAUUAUUCUUGGCACUUUAUGGGUGUACAAUAGAGAGAUGGUUAAUGGGAAUACUGCGAGAGAUACUACCAUGACAUUCACUUGUUUCGUAUUCUUCGACAUGUUCAAUGCUCUUAGCUGUAGAUCACAAACAAAAUCCAUAUUUACAAUCGGUUUGUGGAGUAAUAAGAUGUUCCUGGUAGCCGUAACUCUCUCUGUCAUUGGACAAAUGUUCGUGAUCUACUUUCCUCCAUUGCAGAGAAUAUUUCAAACUGAAGCUCUUACGGCAAAAGAUCUUCUAUUUUUGGCGGCGUUGACAUCAAGCGUCUUCGUCAUUAGUGAGAUAAAGAAGUUUAUUGAAAGACAACUGCAGAGACGUCGCGUCAAUGGCCAGUAUUAUAACAAGUUUGAAAUGGAUUUUGUAUGACAGUUACAGUCUGCCGGCGAGAGCAAGGCGGACAAAGAUCAUAACGAAUAAACGCAUCAAUUAUCGCUCGGCAUUGAUAUGCAGUCGAUCGCGUUUGUUUAUAAUUGACAUAUUAGGUCUCGCUAAUUCACAUCUACUCGACUGUGCUUGCACACAUUCGUAACUUCGUCACAUGUGCACCUCUAUUAGAAAAUAGAAGAAUAAUAAUAUUCUUUCAAUAACAGUUGUAAUGUAUCGAUUUCGCAGUGUGACUGCAGUUUUUUUACUAUUUACAAAUUGUCGAUUCUAUUUUUCCUAGUACAUUGUGCACGUAGAAAAGAAAUAGGACAGCAAGAAACAUUUCGAUACCAAUGUAGUAGAUUACAUAGACUGUAGCUAUUAGACUAUAUAUUUGAUGAUUGUCCCUACAAAGAGACUGUAAGUCACUAUUUCAUAGAUGGUAGCGUGGCUACUGCACAUUCCAUGCACGUUUGAUAGAUCAAUGACUUUUAAUGAUAUAUUCUGUCUAUAAUAUAGCCUUAGAGACUGCAGUCCAAAGCAAUGUUUGCACUGAAUCAUUCUAUCUUACACUUUUUUCUAAAUAUUGUAACAAUUUUUAAAGCUCACUCAGCAACAAGUAUCAAUUUUACCAUUUGUUUCUUUAUUGCCGGUCAAUUCAUGUUAAAGGAGAAGCGAAUCAUGCAGCAUUUUACCGAGUAAAAUAAGACAAACACAUUGUAAUUAAAAUCAGCCAUACACAAAUUGCAUUUAAUAUACAGUUGUAAUCGACGAAAAUAAAUGCUCUUAUAAUGUUCCUUAAUUCUACGAUUGCGAAUGUAUCCUUUCGAUAGCAAGGUAAUAUAAUGCAAAUUGCACCAA